AUGGUUGACAAAGCGUACAAAAUUAGGAGUAAAAUUAGAAGCGAGGAAGACAUUGGCCCAGAAUUUAACUUCAUGCUGAAGGUCUCCACAGGGAACCUCCCCAUCAGCCUGGUCUACCUCACCAUCUCUCUGCCAAUGAGCACAGUUUGGGGGAACCCUUUAUUCUCUCUGACUGGGGUGACACCAGCACCCUCUGGUAAUGUGCGCUGUGAUGUGAAUGAGGUGGUCAACUCACUGAAGACAGGCAGGACUCUCCAUUCACCCACCUUCAUCAAAGAGUCCUUCAAGGGCAUUGAGAGCCUGGACUGUAACACCUCAAAAUGCCAGUCAGUGACAUGUCUCCUCAAAAACAUGACGAUCAGGAGUCAUUAUUCUGUAAACGUCACAACACGGAUAUGGAACAGCACCUUUGCUUUAGCAUCGUUUCAGGCCGUGUCUCUGAGUGUGAGUGCUGAUGUAGAGACCGACAUGCCAGAUCUGCUAGUGAUUACAGAUAAACACCGCAAGGUGAAGGUGACCCUCGUCAAAUCUGGAGUGAAACUGGACGUGCCCUUCGUUGUAAUCGUGGGAAGUGUGCUUGGCGGUCUGCUUCUUCUGGCUGUUGUCACAGCAACACUGUGGACGCUUGGAUUCUUCGAGAGGAAGCACAAACAGCCGAGGAUGGAUGGUGGUGAGGGCGAGACAGACUGAAGGCCCCUGCACGAGAACACACACCAGGAGAACAAAGUCUUCCACAGAACCGGGGCUGCUACUACAGAACCCUUUUAACCUACCCGUGCAGCACAGCGGGUUUCUCUGAAAAGCAGCUUUGUGUUGUGGGCAGACGUGAUGGAAGGCUUGGUGAGAGGAGUGGAUG